GAAUAAUAAGCAGCCGUGAGAGGAAGCCCAAUCAUAAGUGAGUGUGAUCGCCAGCCCGUGUUAAUCGUGCAGUGUGAAGAAUAACCGAUCGCUUCUCUCGACUUUAAGCAUCACUGUUGUACAACGGGAUCAUCACCAGCCUUCAUUCCUAAAGAAAGCGGUUUCUCUUCUGAAUAUUCCCGUACUUAAUUUUUUUCGGAAAUCUUUUCACAAGCACAGUUUGAGUGAGUCACGGAUUUUUCUACUUUUACAAGUCCGCUCAACAAAAUGGUUGAUGGGAAGGAUUCUCCGCCGAUGAUUGUUCCGAAAGAGAAAUGGACACGGAAACUCGACUUCCUACUGUCUCUGGCUGGGUAUAGCGUUGGUCUGGGCAAUCUGUGGCGAUUCCCUUACCUCUGUAACAGGAACGGGGGCGGUGCCUUCCUCAUCCCGUUCAUAACCUUCCUGAUACUAUGUGGCCUACCCCUGUUCUUCCUGGAGCUCUCUGUCGGACAGUUCUCUGGCAAGAGCGCUCUACAGGUGUGGAAAGUGUCCCCGUUGUUUGUAGGGAUCGGCGUCUCAAUGAACGUCGUGAGUGCUAUGUGCGCCCUGUACUACAACGUUAUCAUCGCAUGGACCCUCUACUACCUCGGCAACUCCUUUCUGCCAAAGCUCCCCUGGACGACAUGUGACAACGCAUGGAAUACCGACACCUGCUUUUCUUUGAACGAAUGUCUAGCCAAUCAGCUGAAAGCUAACAAAUCAGCAAUGGCCAGAAACAGUUCGCAACAUUUUGCAGAAGCGUACACAACGUCGCCUAACAUUUACAACGUGUCAGCAUCCAACGACAGCUGGUCCGACUUCAACAGACUGAACGUUACAGCAACGACCAGCACCGUGUGCAACUACACCGCUGGGAAGGGUGGCCUAACGGCGGCCGAGGAAUUCUGGCAGUACAACAUGCUGCAGAUGUCCUCAGGCGUCACAGAGGUCGGCAACAUCCAGUGGCAUCUCUUGCUGUGUUUUAUGGGAGCGUGGCUCCUCAUCUUCCUCUGUCUAAUGAAAGGAGUCAAAUCACUGGGAAAAGUAGUGUACGUCACAGCCACCCUCCCCUAUCUCCUUCUCACCAUCAUCCUCAUCAGAGGCAUCACGCUGCCAGGGUCGUAUGAGGGUAUCAUCUUCUAUCUCAAGCCGGACUUCUCCAAGCUCCUUCAUCCACAGGUAUGGAUAGAAGCUGGCUCUCAGGUCUUUUACUCACUCGGACCGGCAUGGGGCUUACUUAUUGUAAUGGCAAGUCACAAUAAGUUCACCAACAACUGUCUCAGAGAUGCAGUGCUUAUCACUUUCCUUGGGGAAGGGACCAGUUUAUAUGGAGGCUUUGCCAUAUUUUCAGUGCUUGGAUUUAUGGCACAAAAAGCUGGAGUCCCCGUAUCAGAAGUUGUUAAAUCAGGACCAGGACUUGGGUUCAUUGCGUAUCCUGAGGCACUGACAACUCUGCCUCUUCCUCAACUCUGGAACAUCCUGUUCUUCCUGAUGCUUUUGACGGUUGGCCUGGACACACAGUUCGGAAUGACGGAGAUCAUAUGUGGCACUGUGUUGGAGAGUUUCCCGAGGACUCUGGCGAAGAGGAGAACGCUGGUGACUGGAGCUAUCUGUUUCGCGUUCUUCGUCCUUGGUCUGCCCUUGACCACAUCGGCAGGUAUCUACUACUUCCAACUGAUGGACUGGUACUCCACGUCGUUCGGUCUUCCCCUCAUCGGUUUCGUGGAGUGUAUUGUGUUCGCCUGGAUAUACGGAACUGAUCGCAUCGGGGACGACAUCAGCAUGAUGAUCGGAAGACGCCCCCCACAAUUCUUCUCUAUCUGCUGGAAAUUUGUUACUCCGGUCCUUCUCUUUAUCACGCUCAUCUCGGCUUUCGUCAGCUACCAGGCACCGACGUAUGGUAACUACACGUACCCAACUGGUGCCAUUGCGAUUGGUUGGCUGAUUGGUAUGAUGUCCGUUGUUCCGAUCCCUAUCUUCGUUGUCUACAAGUUCCUCAAGGCUUCAGGACCAUUCAUCAAGCGCUUCAUCCAAACCAAGAAGCCGUCGGCCGAUUGGGGUCCUGCUGAGAGCCUCCCUCGGGAUUCCGACUUCUCCGAAAUAAAGGACCCCCUCAAUCGGACAGGGGAGCUGUCGGUGUCGUCCCCGAGCGCUACAAGUAUCGCCAUUGAUGAUUGUCCUCCAAAUGGCGUUACAGUCCACUCCAAGUUCCUCAACGAGCAGACGUAUAUUUCCUGAAAACUACCCUUAACGAUGGGUUAUUGUGUGUCUGAGAAAACAUAUCGAAAAUUUGGAUCUUAGUUUUGACGAGACAUGGCACACAAUUCGGAAACGCUUUGAAGAGUUUGAAAGUUUGUAGUUUUCAAACAUACAUCGAAGUGUUUCGCGUAACCACUGUCAAAUGCGGUGUUUUUGUACAACUAGCUCCACCCAUGACAGAUACCCCACGGUACGAAUCCUGGUAAUAUAGCUUCACAGGCCAAAAGGUGAUCUUUUAUUGUAACCAACGUUUUUUUCAAAGACGCCAGAGCAUCUCUUCGUCUCAUUUAGUCUUCCUUGUUUUUUAGUUUUUCAAAAACACAAUCAAAUGGAAAUAAUAUUCACCUGUUCAUAUUAAAGGCCGUUAGCCAAUGCCAGAUCUCCUUUGAAAACUUGUUUACUUUAUUACGAUGUAUGUGGGUCAAUGUCUCAAGCCAAUUAUCAAAAUGUCAUGCAAAA